AUGAAUGAGAAGAACCAGACAUUAGUCAGUGAGAUUGUUCUCUUGGGAUUUCAGAAUCUCCACAACUUCAAGAUUCCCCUGUUCUCUCUGUUCCUUUUCAUUUACAUUAUGACAGUUUGGGAGAAUAUUCUCAUCAUAGUGUUGGUGUCCUCCAGCCGGAACCUCCAGUCCCCCAUGUACUUCUUUCUCCAGCAGUUGUCCCAGUCUGAUCUUCUGGAGUCCACAACUAUUGUCCCUCUCCUGCUUCAAACUGUAAUAAAUGAAGGCGCCAUAGUGUCCUUUGUUGGCUGUCUCACCCAAUUUUAUUUUUUUUCUGUGACAGAAGCUUUUGAGAUCAUCCUUCUAGCAGUAAUGUCCUAUGACAGAUAUGUGGCCAUCUGUAACCCACUGCGUUACUCUUCUAUAAUGUCCCAUAGGAGUUGUGUUAGAAUCAUUUUAAUGUUGUGGGCUGUUGGCUUUGGCCUUACACUGAUUACUGUGAAUCUACUGGGGACACUACAGUUCUGUGACCAAAAUACCAUUAAUCAUUUCUUCUGUGAUAUAUUUCCUCUUCUAGAACUUUCCUGCUCAGACACUUUCUUAGUGCAAUUAGAAAUAGCUAUAAUUGUUAUCCCUGUGGUUAUUACCCCCUUUAUACUGAUCAUUGUAUCAUAUAUGUGUAUUGCCCAUGCAAUCCUAAAGAUAGUGUCCAAUACCGGGAGACAAAAAGCCUUCUCCACCUGCAGCUCCCACUUGGCUGUGGUCUCCAUAUUUUAUGGGACUCUCAUUGCUAUUUAUGUGGUUCCCCCCAGAAACCAAUCACAGACCCUAAGCAAAGCUCUCUCUCUGUUAUACACCACAGUGAUUCCCUUUGUUAACCCACUUAUUUAUAGCUUGAGAAAUAAAGACAUGAAAGCUGCCCUUAAGAACCUAAAAGUAAAUGGAAUGUCUUUCCUAAUGAUGUAG